AAUUUACACAAAAGGAAAAUGGGCGAUUCAUCAUCAGAUUCGUUCUUGAAGAAGCACUGUCGAGAAUUCAAAGAAUUCUGGGCUGAGCGAUUUCCAUAUACCGAUGUCUAUUCAAGAUUCAUCAGCCGCCAAGAGUCUCUUCCAUCAUGGUCUGAAUCCGAUGUUAACGAGUUCAUCGCUUCUGAUCCGGUCCAUGGUCCCAUCUUGAAGACUACUAGGGAAGCGGCAAACAUUGCCUUAGCAGGAAGUGCUAUUGGAGCUGUCUCGACUGCAGGUCUUGCCUGGAAAUACUCGAGGAGUUUACAUGGUGCCGGACUGGCUUUAUUAGGAGGAGGCGUGUUUGGUUGGACAUUCGGACAAGAAGUCGCAAACCACUGGCAUCAACUCUACAGGUUGGACACAAUGGCUGCACAAGUCAAAUUCAUGGAAUGGUGGGAAAAGAAGUGCCAGAGGCGAUCUUAAAACUUAUAGUGCUGUUGAAU